AUGGUUUCACCAUCACUGAUGGGUGUCAAACUCAUACGCAACACAAUCAACAAAGACUUGGUAUCCGUUGCCAAACAACUUCAAAUGAGGUCCAACUCAUCGAAUGAAGCACCUGCCUCCGACCCAAUCUCAAUAAUAUUGGAUCAAUUAUCGACUGAUACAUCAAUGAUAAUGAUGAUGAGUCCAGAUCAUCAAUAUAACGAGAUGGAUAAUACUAUUGAUGUGACGCCAGACUUGUUCAUGGAGAUGUUGGCCGCAGCCCAGGGCAUCAUAGACAAGAUCAAGCCAGCAUUGAUCAGUGGCAUCCAAUCACAAAGAGACAAGAUAUUAGAGAUUGAAAGGAUAUUACUACCAUUGCAUACAGAGUAUAUAAACUCUACAAAUGUAGAGUAUGCAAUGGAGACCAAGUUAUCUACAACUUUGUCAAGAUCACUAUCAACACCAACAUUCAACAAGUUGUCAUUAUCAUCAUCAUCAAUAUCCUGUACAUGUCCAGAGUCUGCUGGACAAACACCACUUCUUCUUAGAAGCAAUACUAAAGCAAAGCUAUUCAAGUAG